AUGGCUAGUAGGCAUAACCAGCAGCACGCGGCUACCGCCUCGCAGCCGGCGGCCAAUAGAGGUUCCUGGAUCUGGCCGUGGCAUGGCUCCCGGCAACCUGAUGGCUCCAUGGCGUUCCCCAGCGGCUCCUUUAGGUGCUCUGGUGGUGUGCUCCGCGCUAGCUGCGCCUCCCUGCCAGCGGCAUCUCGAGAGGCUGCCGGUUGGGCAGUUUCCUCACCCUUCUCCCUUUCUCUGCCCGGCGCCGCCACCCCUCUCCUCACCGCGCCGCAAGCUGGACCCAUCGGGCUUGGCACCGGUGGCGACGGCCGACGCCGCCUUUCCUCCCCACAGCGGACACAGACGGACGCGUCUCCCGUGAUUUCUCACCGAACGACAGGAGCAGAGCCCCACUGUCGCAAGAAUGGACAAGGAAAAGGGGAAGUAGAGGAGGAGGAGAAGGAGAAGGAGAGAAGCUUGGUGUCCAUUAUGAAGACUAAGCCGCUUGUCCCAGGAAGCGGAAGGGCAAGGGCAAGGGUUGUGUCGCUGCCGAGGAAGCGGGCCAAGGAUUACGGCAAUGUCCCGCUCGCCGAGUUGUUAUUAAGGGCAAUGGAGCAUGAUAAGCAAGCGGAGAAGGAUUAUGAAGAGGAGGAAGAGAAUGGGGAGGACGAGGAUGAGCAAGGUACUCUAUUUGAGGAGGAGGAAGAUUCUCAUUUUGAUGUCAAAGUGCUAAGUGUUAUGCUAUGCAAAAUUGCAUCGUUUGGCUGUCAACGUUCAAUAUUUUUGCUGUAUAAAGUUCAAAGGAGGAGCUGUCCAAAAUUCAAAAGUAAUGAUGCCCAAUUCUUUCUUAGUCAUAUUUGUUCCAUUUCUACACUUUUCAUAGAAGAAACUUAUUUUUUCAUCACUAUGACCAAUUUUUAA